AUGGCACUCUAUGAGCAGGUUUCCGUUCCAUCGAAGCGAUUCCGGCCGUCGCCUCACCCUCUUGGAGGACCAGCUAUGAACGCACCCUCGACGUUUCAUCCCAUGCACAGCGGGUCGACGGUCCCGUUGAUGCCUCCCAACUACGAGAGUAAAUUCUCGUACGCUCCUUGGCCUGGAUCGGGUAACCCGAAUGCGUUACUUAUGAUGAGCCAAGCGCAUAUGUUCGGCGGAAUGGGCGGAUUCGGCGGAAGCUCAGGCGCGGGGUCUCCGCCCGACCGCGGGUGUAUUCACGGGGAAGGGGAGGCGUCGGGGCAGCAGCAGCAAGGGCGGAGCCCGUCCGCGGCGGCUGCGCGUUCCGCCGCCAGCGAGAGGCUCGGGCGCAGGCGCGGGGAGGAGCGGAGCAGCCGUGGAGGACCCGCGCGGAGCGGAGUGGACGACGCGCGGAAAGGGACCUUGCGGAAAAGCGCAAGCACGAAGUCCGCAGGGUCCCGGGGUCCAGCGGCCACUGCACCUGCUGGUGUUAUCGGCGGAGGCGGAGGCGGGGGGGGAGCGGUUGGCGCGAUGUCAACGACGAGUGGGCGGAGCAUGAAGAGCACGAUGAAAAGCGGGGCGCGUGCUGCGGCGAAGGGCGGAAAGGGGAAGAAGCGCAAGGAGAUGGCUGCUGUUGACGGUGCGGAAGCUCUGGCACAAGCGCAACAGGAGCAAGCGCAAGAGCGCGCGGAAGGAUCAGCGGGAGCAGCCGCGGAAGCAGCGGGAGGAGCGGGAGUGGGAGCGGGAGCAGCAGAGGAAGAGCUGUUUCGGGGAAUUGAGGUUCUUCGCGCUGCCGCCGUAGCUGCGCGGGAGGAGGAGAGGCGCGCGCGCGCCGCAGCCGAGCAUCCGGGGACUGGAGUUGGCUGCGCGGCGGAUUCGGCGGCGGAGGAGGCUGCAGCGCAGGCGGAAGAGGAUGAUGACGACGCGCGGAUGGUCGCUGCGCGGGCGGACGCGGAUGAGCGAACGGGCGCGGAAGAAGGAACGGAAAUGGCGGAAUGGGGUGGUCUGCCGGAUCAGAAGGGAGAGAGCUUCGGGGAGCAGCGCGAGGCGCGGGCUCUAGGGCGCUUCCGCGCGGCUGCUGCCGCCGCUGCCGCUGCCGCCGCCGCAGGUGUUGCUGCUGGGUGUGCAAGCAGUUACCAUGGCGGGGUGGUGGCUAGCGAAGGAGCCUUGCUCCUCCCUGCUGCCGCCCCUGCCGUCCCUACUCGUCCUGCUCCUGCUGUAUCCGCCCCUGCCUCGUCUCCUGCUGCUGCUGCUGCUCCCGCAGGCGCGGAGGCGGCGGGAGGCAUGCUGGCGAUGGUGCUGGGGAUGGCGGGAGGCGUGGAGGACGAGGAGGAGGAGCGGUUCCGGCGGGAGAGCAGGAAGCGGAGCAGGCGCGCGGAGGAGGGGCAGGGGCUGGGCGCGGGGAAAGCGGACGGGGAGGUCGCGGGGGAGAGCAAGAGGGGGAAGUGGGAGGGAGGGGAGGGAAGGGGGGAGAUGUGUGUGGGUGACUUGAUUGGUGCGGUGGGACAGAAGGAGUUUUGGCGGGUGCGGAAGGGUAUUGUGAGGCAGCAGCACAUAUUCUCCACUCAACUGUUCGAGCUGCACCGGCUGAACAGGGUGCAGCAGGGGCUGAUGCACGAACCACUGAACGCCAAGAAGGCUCAAGUGCUGGAAGAUCAGGAGCACGAGCAGCAACAGGAGGAGCAGCAGCAGCAGGAGCAGUUCGACCAGGACCAGGCUUCGGAGCCUAUCGACCAAGUACCACGCCCCAGCCGGCGUGCUGGCAGCAGCAGCAGGGCGCAAGAAACCGCCGCUGCUACGGAAACCGCUCCUCGCCUCGCCACGAUUCCUGCCUUCCCCUCUUUCACCGACGCACCGGCCGCUGCUGAAGGCUCCUCUGGAGCAGCUAUGUCAGCAGCAGCCAUGCCAGAAGCACCAUUCUCUUCUGCGUUGGAUUUGUCAGGUAAAGCAGGGGCGAGUGGAGUCGCAGCGGCGGCAGCAGCUGCUGCAGCAGCAGCGUCGGCAAGCAAGGGUGGUGCUGCUGGCUGGUCGUUCCCUCUCUAUGCUCGCUUUGCCAAGAAUGCUGACCCGGCUGCUGCUGCUGCCGCUGCUGCAGCCGCCAUUGCGGCUGACGCUGCUGGUGCCAAACCUGUCGCCGCGCCUGCUGCAGCUUCGGACAACGCCACUGCUGCCCGAGCAACGGCUGUCACCCCAGCCUCGUUCGGGUUCAUGACAGGCUCGGAAUCUGCCGGACCUGAAGGCUCGGAUGUGUUUGGUUUGAGCUGGGGGACCGUGCCUGAGUCAGAAGCUGGGGAAGGGGAAGGGAGCAGAGGAGAAGGGGAGAGGAAGAAGAAAGAGGGGAAUUCAUCAAAGUAUGCUGCUAUGCUUAGUGCCAUGGGCCUGCCUGCUGAUUUUACCAUGCCUGCCAAUCUUGGCAUCCCUGCCAAUUUUGGCAUGCCUGCUAAUUUCGGUAUGCCUGGACAAGCAGGCAUGGCUGAGGCCAUGGGCUUGAGCUUUGGCAUGGGAACGAACAUGAACAUGGGGAUGGGCAUGGGCAUGGGGACGGGUAUGGGCAUGGAUAUGGGUGCUGCUGCCGGGGCAGGUGCGUCUGCAUCUGCUGCUGCUGCCGCUGCUGCUGGUGUUGGUGGUGGUGCAGGUGUGGGUGCAUCUGGGGCAGGCCCAUCUGGUGCAGGUGCAUCUAUGAUGAUGGACAUGACAGCCCUGCACAUGCGAGGGAGAGAGGAGGAGGAGCUGCUGGAAGUGCAGCAGCAUUUCCAGCAUGGCGCUCGGCUGUAG